AUGGGGCCUCCUCCACGACUGCAGUCGGUAUCCGCGAGCGAUCGCACCCGGAAUUCCGCCGUGCCGGAAGUGCCCUCCCGGGGGCGGGGCCCGGAGAAGCACCGCCUCGGGGCGGAGCCUGAAGGGGCGGGGCCCCGCCGGACUCGGGCGGGACUCUACGCCCAGACCACGCUGCCUGCCAGCUCGCAGCGCCUUGACGGCUACCUGGAGCCUCCCGGAAUCCCACCCCUAGCCUCUCCGCCGCCGCCCCGGCUGCCGCUCCUCCCCCGGCCCCGCCUCCCUGGCCCCCGCGCCGCCCGCCUGUCCGCCGGUCUCUGCAAGGCCGUCGAACCAGUCAUCGGGGAAGGCAGAGCCCCUCUGGCCUCGCCCCCCGGCACCCUGCCCUCGAGAGCCCCGCGGCCCGUAGGCAGAGCCUGGCAGUCCGUCUUGGUUAAUGCCGCCGGCCGUCUGACCAGUCCCCCUUGUGUGCCUCCUCUGAGGUUUUUGCCCAUCCCUGAUCCUGGGCAGCUUCUCUCUCUGGGCUGGAUCACCUUCGGCGGGAAACUGAAGCCCUUACUCUCCAAGCCCUGUUUCGUCUUCCCAAGCAUGUCAGAAAGCUGGCAGCAGCCCCCGCAGACGCAGCCCCAGCACCACGCCGAGCCACCACCCGCCCUGGCCGAGCACGCGCUGCCCCCGGGCUCGGCUGAGAACCCCCUGGGCUGUGCCGUCUACGGCAUCCUCCUGCAGCCGGACCCGGGCCUCCAGCCCCCGCAGCACGCGCCCCUGCCGGCGGCCGGCGAGCCGGGCCCCAAGUGCGGCGUGUGUGGUCACGACCUGGCGCACCUGUCCAGCCCGCACGAGCACCAGUGCCUGGCGGGCCACGACCGCUCCUUCCAGUGCACGCAGUGUCUCAAGAUCUUCCAUCAGGCCACAGACCUGCUGGAACACCAGUGUGUGCAGGCCGAACAGAAGCCUUUCGUCUGCGGCGUCUGCAAGAUGGGCUUCUCGCUGCUCACCUCGCUGGCGCAGCACCACAGCGCGCACAGCGGCGCCAGCGGCCUGGUGAAAUGCUCCAUUUGCGAGAAGACCUACAAGCCGGCCGAGGCGGCCGAGCCGGCAGCCACCGCCGCCGCCGCCGCCGCCGCUGCGGCCACCUCCCUGCCCCCGGCCCCCGCGCCGCCGCCGCCGCCGCCGCCCCCGCCGCCGCCGCCGGCCGUGGCCCCCGCGGAGCAGGCAGACAAGCCGUACAGCUGCCCCAUCUGCCAGAAGCCCUUCAAGCACCUGUCGGAGCUGUCGCGGCACGAGCGCAUCCACACCGGGGAGAAGCCGUACAAGUGCACGCUGUGUGACAAGAGCUUCAGCCAGUCCUCGCACCUGGUGCACCACAAGCGCACGCACAGCUCCGAGCGGCCGUACAAGUGCGCGGUCUGCGAGAAGACCUUCAAGCACCGCUCGCACCUGGUGCGCCACAUGUACGCGCACUCGGGCGAGCACCACCUGUUCCGCUGCAACGUGUGCGAGCUGCACUUCAAGGAGUCCUCGGAGCUGCUGCAGCACCCGUGCACGCCGAGCGGGGAGCGGCCGUUCCGCUGCGGCGAGUGCCAGAAGGCCUUCAAGCGCCCGUCGGACCUGCGGCAGCACGAGCGCACGCACAGCGCCGAGCGGCCCUUCAAGUGCGACCUGUGCCCCAUGGGCUUCAAGCAGCAGUACGCGCUCAUGCGGCACCGGCGCACGCACAAGCCCGAGGAGCCCUUCAAGUGCGGCCUCUGCGAGAAGGGCUUCGGGCAGCCCAGCCACCUGCUCUACCACCAGCACGUGCACACCCUCGAGACCCUCUUCAAGUGCCCCGUGUGCCAGAAGGGCUUCGACCAGUCGGCCGAGCUGCUGCGGCACAAGUGCCUGCCCGGCGCGGCCGAGCGGCCCUUCAAGUGCCCCGUGUGCACCAAGGCCUACAAGCGGGCGUCGGCCCUGCAGAAGCACCAGCUGGCGCACUGCUCGGCCGCCGAGAAGCCCCUGCGCUGCACCCUGUGUGAGCGCCGCUUCUUCUCGUCCUCGGAGUUCGUGCAGCACCGCUGCGACCCGGCGCGCGAGAAGCCGCUCAAGUGCCCGGACUGCGAGAAGCGCUUCAAGUACGCGUCAGACCUGCAGCGGCACCGGCGGGUGCACACGGGCGAGAAGCCCUACAAGUGCCCCAGCUGUGACAAGGCCUUCAAGCAGCGCGAGCAUCUCAACAAGCACCAGGGCGUGCACGCCCGCGAGCAGCAGUUCAAGUGCGUGUGGUGCGGCGAGCGCUUCCUGGACGUGGCCCUGCUGCAGGAGCACAGCGCCCAGCACAGCGCCGCCGCGGCCGCCACCGAGGGCGCCUACCAGGUGGCCGCCUGCCUGCCCUGA